GCCCCCAGCUUCGCGCCCAGAUCGCCGCCUAGCCUGCUCGCGCAGCCGCCGUCUCGUCUGCCCACCGACGAAGCAUGGGCGUCCAGGGCUUCCAAGAGUUCCUGGAGAAGCGCUGUCCCGGGGCUGUUGUGCCCGUGGACCUCCUCAAACUCGCGCGUACGGUCUCGCGCCAGCAGCAGCAGCAGCAGCAUCGCCCGCUGCCGCCUACGGCAGCCCUAGCGCCCGGGGCUCCACGCGCCGCCAGGGGCUCCGCGCCUCUGCAACCGCCGCUCCCGCCCGCUGCCUUGGGUGCCUACUCCGGGGGCUCGGGGCCGACUCGGCACCAUCACCCCGCUCACCACUUCCACCAUCACGGCCAGGCGCACCCCGGGCUGCACCCGCCGCCGCCGCCCCCUCCGCUGCCCGGGGCCCGGGUGCUGGUGGACGCGGGCUCAGCGCUGCCUCGGCUUUAUGGCGGCUACCAGACGGAUUGGGUGUGUGGCGGCCAAUGGAACGCCAUGCUGGGCUACUUGUCAGCGCUAUGUCAGGCUUGUGCCUAUCCCGGCGGCGACGGCUUGGAGCUGGUGGUCAUGUUCCCCGGGGGCCUGGGCAAGGACCGGCUGGCCGAGUGGGGCCGUCGGUGCCAGGCCGAGCGGCAGACAGCGCAACUGAUCGUGGGACACGUGGGCAACAAGGGCACCCCUCCUCCACGGGCCUGGUUCCUGCCACCGGCCUGCCUGAGCCACUGCGUGAGGCUAGCGCUCAUCCGCUUCCGGGUCAAGGUCUUUCAGAGCCUUGAAGACCACCAUUUGGAAGUGGUGGCUUUUUUCAGGGAAAAUGGCUUCCAUGGCCUUCUUGCCCAUGACUCCGAGUAUGCUCUCUACAAUAUUCCCUCUUACUAUAGUUCCCAUGCUCUGAAGCUGAGCUGGAAUGGGAAGAACCUUACUACCAACCAGUUCCUGAUGCAGGAGGUGGCCAAGCAGCUGGGCCUGAAGCGGAUGAAUUUUCCCAUAUUUGCUGCAUUGCUAGGUAACCACAUUCUCCCAGAUGAGGACCUGGCCGCUUUUCACUGGAGCCUCUUGGGACCAGAACAUCCCCUUGCGUCACUUAAGGUCAGAGCUCAUCAGCUGGUUCUUCCUCCCUGUGAUGUGGUAAUCAAGGCUGUUUCUGAGUAUGUUAGUUCCAUCAAAGACCCCUCAAACCUGGAUGUGGUUGGGAAGGAUGUUUUCAAACAGUCUCAGUCCAGGACAGAAGAUAAAAUAGAACGAUUCAAGAAAGCAGUUGAGUACUAUUCAGUCACAACCAAACUCUCUUCGCUGCCAGUGGGUCCCUCCUCCUUUCUAGGUUUUCGGAAUAAUCGACUUGGAAAUCCUCCCAUUCCACGAAAUCAAAUGGGCACUAUCUCUGCUGGAAAGCCAAUGUUUUCUCACCACGUGCCCCAGAAAAUGAAAUAUCCACCACCAUUCCCAGUGGGACCCAACUCCUCUCUUCUCUUCUCCCCCCAUGCUUUGGGGGAAUCCCAUGCUUUUUCUGAGGAUCCCAUGCUGCAGGACAGCCCCUUUGCCAGUUGGGCUGUCUCUUAUGAUUCCUCUGCAUCCCAGUUUUCCAAUUACCUGACUUCCAAAGCCUCACCUCCUUUGGGACCAGACUCUUCCCACUCCUCUUCCUCUGAUGCUGAUGAGCCAAAUGGAGCCAGCUCUGAUCACAUCACAGAAACACUUCAGCAGCAGCCUGGAUGGGAGGAUCCAAAUGGUGAUAGAGGGUCUUGGGUACAGCCCAUCGAUGCUGGAGUUUCAGAUGCCAGCCUGGGUGAUGGUGAGCCCCACAUCCCAUCUCUGCUGUCUAUGUCUACAAGGAACCAUAUGGACAUCACCAUUCCGCCCUUACCUCCAGUAGCUCCAGAAGUCUUGCGAGUUGCUGAACACAGACAUCGAAGGGGUCUUAUGUACCCAUAUAUCUACCAUGUCCUCACUAAGGGUGAGAUUAAGAUCCCUGUAUGUAUUGAGGAUGAGUGUAACAUGGAGCUGCCUCCAGCUGCUCUCCUGUUCCGGUCAGCUCGUCAAUAUGUAUAUGGGGUCCUUUUCAGUCUGGCAGAGACACAGAGGAAAAUGGAACGCCUGGCCAUACGGCGGCGGUUGCCUGUAGAAGUUCCUUCAGUGAUCCUUAAAGAGUGGUCUGCCUAUAAAGGGAAGUCACCUCAAACCCCUGAGCUGGUGUCUGCACUGACAUUUCGGGAAUGGACUUGCCCAAACCUCAAGAAGCUCUGGCUAGGCAAAGCAGUUGAGGACAAGAACAGAAGGAUGCGUGCCUUCCUGGCCUGUAUGAAGUCAGACACACCCAGUAUGCUGAAUCCAGCUAACGUCCCGACCCAUCUGCUGCUCAUGUGCUGUGUACUCCGAUAUAUGGUUCAGUGGCCUGGUGGCCGAAUCCUGCAUCGCCAUGAGCUAGACACCUUCCUUGCACAGGCAGUAUCUACUCAGCUUUAUGAACCAGAUCAGCUUCAAGAACUCAAGAUUGAGAAACUGGAUGCUCGAGGGAUCCAGCUUGCUGCCCUCUUCAUGAGUGGGGUCGACACAGCUCUGUUUGCUAAUGAUGCCUGUGGCCAGCCAGUCCCUUGGGAACACUGCUGCCCCUGGAUUUACUUCGAUGGCAAGUUGUUCCAGAGCAAGCUAAUUAAAGCAGGCCGGGAGCGAGUAUCCCUGGUUGAGCUCUGCGAUGGCCAGGCUGACCUGGCAAUCAAAGUGGAGAAGAUGAGACAGAGCAUCCUUGAAGGAGUCAACAUGAACCAUCCACCGCCUUCUGCUCUACUUCCAUCACCUACUUUUGUGCCUCCCAUGGUGCCCUCUCUCUACCCUGUUUCACUUUACCCCCGAGCCAUGGGCCCAAUGCCACCUCCCCCUCAAGGAAGGAGCCGGGGGUUCGCAGGUCUCCAUCCAAUCCCACCCCAAGGAGGAAAACUAGAGAUUGCCGGGAUGGUUGUGGGCCAGUGGGCUGGCAGCAGAUCCUCCAGGGGUCAUGGCUCCCUUGGCAUGCAAGUGGUUUCUGUCGGUGGGCCGGGAAAGGGGCAUGGAAAAGAACAGACUGGUAGAGGAUCCAAAGGACAUAAAAAAGGAAAUAAACAAAGCACUUCAGAUGGAGUUUCUAAAUCCCUGGAGCCUCAUCAAGGUCGGUCUCGCUCACAGGUAAAUGGAAACAAUGGCACAUUGAUCAAGGAAGAGAAGAAUGAUCAUCUUCCAGCUCCAUCACAGUGUGCCUUAACCAGAGACAGCAGUGUGUGUAAUAAUGGUAACCGCUACUUCCCCGUGAAGAAUGGUGAGAAGAGCCGCUUACGAGAGCAAAAGCUGGGAACUGUGGCACAACAGAAAGAGGAAUAACAAGCAGAAGAUGGCUUCAGCAGAUCAGGAAGAGGGGAAAACCUAUACUUUUCUGAUUUUAGGCCCAAGUUAGAGGAGGACAUAAAAUGCUUACCCUAGUUUCAUCCAGAAUUUGUAUGGGGUGUUCUAUUGUAUCCAUCUUUUCCCCUUCCCUGUCUUUUUCUGGGCUUCCAGACUCAGUGGUCUGCUUCUAGGGAAGCUCUGAUCAAAUAUGAAUGGCAACAAGCAUAGUUCCUGUUCUCAAAUUGAACAUAUAGUGCCAAUAUUCUCUUUACGUCCCCUGGAAGCCUUUUAAGGCAGUGACUAUCGGGUGUCAUCAUGUAAGGCCCUAUAGAAAAGUUCCAGCUUUGGUUUUCUGAGUAUAUGGCUUCCUAACUUGCGUUUUUCUUUCUGAAAUAGUAGGGCCUUCAUAUAUAAUCAGUAUCCACAUCUUCUAACUCUUUCUCCCCAUUGACCUAUGCCAGGAGUUUAUACUACCACCUCUAGCUCUGACCUGACAAUCAGAUAGGUAGAUGUUUUCAGGGAAGUGAGGUAGUAUUGGUUAUUUUAUUUUUUUUAUUUUUUUUAAUUUUAUACACUUAAAAUAACUACCAAUGGCCUUUGUACUGGGGGAUUCAAGUGAAUCAGAAAAGUACUGGGCAGAUUUUUCCUGCCUCUGAACUAAUGAACUGUUUGUAAAAUAGAAGAUGUGGUGCAGUUCACCCACUCCCUGCUGCCCACACCCUGAAAGGGUGGAAUCAAUAUAAUGAAAUUGAGUACAAAAGGGAACUCAAAAGACUGUGUGUGCUUGUGUGUGUGUGUGUGUGUGUGUGUGUGUGUGUGUGUGUGUGUGUAUGGAUGUUUGGAUAGAUAUAUAUAUGAAUGCGUGUAUCUAUAUGCAUACACAUACCCUUUAUAUAAAGAGACAAAUCUAUUUAUCUAUACAUAUUUUAUAUAUAUAAAUAUAUGUGUAUGUGUGUAUGUAUAUAUAAAUAUAAAUAUAUAUUUUUUGUAUAUAUAUAUUUAUAUACAUGCACACACAUACAUACAUGAUGAUGUCCCAGAAGAUUUACUGAGUUUCCCAGAAAUGCUUCCACUGCUAUGGAGUGGUAGGUUUCAAAAGACCAUAUUUUAAAAUCCUUACUAAGUCGUAGCCCAUCACAAUUAUGAGAAGAUGGGCUUCUCUAAAUCAGACAAAAAGUACUUUCCAGAGAUUGCCUGUUCAGAACAACAAACAGUUGGGUUGUCACAAGCCUAAUCUUGAACAGAGUCCUCACAUCCCGUAUGGUAAAAACAGGAGGUUGGGAUAGGAUUGGGAAGAAUUGGGCAUUUCCUUAUGAAGGAGCAGCCUGGUUGGGAGAGAGAAAGGGGAUUGGAGGUAAUUACCGGGGCUUGCGGCCAGUUUGGAGGAAAUCUCAUCUGAAACUCCGGGAUCAAACUGGCCUCAGGCUAGAAUUUAUUGCCAUGAAUCCCUGAAGGAGAGAGGACUAACAUUGGAAAGAUGGGGUAGGGAAAUGUGAGGAAAUCGGCAAUUUGAUUUUACAUACCUAGAUUGUUUUGUUUGUUCAUUGACAUUUUGACUACUGGAUCUUUUCAUUUGCUUUGCAAGGAAGACUUCAGAGGACUCUGGCCCGGGCCUAUAGGGGUAUUCUGUAAAAGGUUCCCGGCCCCCAAGUAAGGUCAGAAUCUGUCCAGGACAAAGAGGCUGUUCCCCCUUUCUGGAGAUACUCUUGAGACAACCUUGCACUUCCAGUUUCCCUCCUCAGCAGUAUGAGGGAUGGGAACAUGGCUUGCAACAGAUUAGCAUUGUGUCUUCGUUCAGGAGUUGAGGCUUCCAGCCUCAUACACUUCCUUUUGGGCUUUGUGAUAUUUUUGCCCAAGAAGUACCAUUUCUACAGGAAUACAACUGACUAGACUUCUAGCAGGGUUCUCUCUCUUUUUGAAAAACCCCAUGUACCUUAACCCAGAGUAGGUCCUUGGUGAUUUUUUUCCAGACAACCAGAAGGCUGUUUGCUCACUACCCACUUGCAAUGAGUGUAUCAUCAUGAGAGACUGAAGACAGUCUCAGACUGUUUUAUCCUAGUCUGGCCCAAUUUAAGAGAACCCACAACUUGCAGGGGGAGGGAGGUCUAGAAUGCCUUUCCCCCUGCCCAGACACUUCUUACAUAAACUAGAGCAGGAUGACAAGAAUGCAUACCCAGCCAGAUAUAACCAAGAACAAAGUGUACAAAAACCACCUCUAUGGAAUUGGCUCCCCUAAUUUGGUUCCCGCUCUUCUCCUAACCUGCCCAACCUUUCACAACAUCUUGAAGGUUAGGACUUCUGUAUCCAGCAAGAGAAGGACUUAGUAGCGAACUUAGAUGGCUUGGAAAUUUCUUUCUGGAGCCACAGAGGGAGGAGUCCUUUGGAGCUCUAAAAGUAACCAGAGUCACUGAGCUGUGUUAAAUUAAAUAGCUAG